ACCAAAGGCCGCUUCCCCAGAGAUGGGCUGGGAGCCCAACCUUCCUGCUGGAGCUCAGGCAGCCUCUUUUAGGGGUGGGGGCUGGGAGCCAGGCAGAAAGAAGCUGCCUGCCGAAGACUCCAGCGCCCCGGGAGACUAAAUGAUCACUGUCCCCAGUGGAAAUGGGGAAGAAGUUGGUGAUGGCCCAGAAGCGGGGAGAGACUCGGGCCCUCUGCCUGGGUGUGGCCAUGGUGGUGUGCGCCGUCAUCACCUACUAUAUCCUGAGCACCACCGUGCUGCCCCUCUACCUGAAAAGCGUGUGGAACCAGGAAUCCACGUGCCACCUGAUUGAGACCAACAUCAGGGACCAGGAGGAGCUGGAGGGCAAGAAGGUGCCCCAGUACCCAUGUCUGUGGGUCAACGUGUCAGCAGUGGGCCGGUGGGCGGUGCUAUACCACACAGAGGACACACGGGACCAGAACCAGCAGCCCUCGGCUCUGAGCGCAAGGCAGCAGGAAUGUCCAACCCCAUGGGUGCUGUUGCUUCUCCCCUCCAGUGCUCCUACAUCCCGGGCAGCCUGGACAACUACCAGCGGGCCCGGGCUGAUGUGGAGAAGGUCAGAACCAAAUUCCACGAGCACCGGGUUUUCUACUGCUUCUCCACGAGUCAGGAAAAUGAGACCAGCGUCCUGUACCAGCGCCUCUAUGGACCCCGGAACCUCCUCUUCUUCCUCUUCUGGCCCACCUUCCUGCUGACCAGUGGCCUCCUCAUUAUCGCCAUGGUGAAGAUCAACCAGUCCCUCUCCAUCCUGGCAGCCCAGAAAUAGACCCAUCCAUGCCACAACACUGCUCAGGCUGCAGGGGACCUGGUGGGCCCCAGGCUGCACCCACUUGGGUACCCAUUCCUCCUCCCCCUGCCUCCCCACUGUUUCCCUGCAAUCCACUGCAUGGGGCCUUUGGGCAAUCUCUUUGUUAAGUCAAUUCCUGCUCAAGAAUGUACAGUGGCUCCUUAGUGCCUUGGAGGGCACAAGGCCAGCCAGUUAUAGCUCUCCAUUACCUGUCCCUACUCAACUGACUCAAACCCAGAUCUACUGUGCCACCCACCACCCCGCAGACAAUAAUGAGUCUUCCCUCUGGGCCUGUGUUCUCGUGUUUGGCUUGAAGGCCUGCCUGUCCUGCCCAGGAAGCCACCCUGGGCAAAGCUCAGUUCCUUCUUUGAAUUCCAUAAUGAAAACAACAGCGGCUCCCAUGUGUAGGGCGCAUUUAGAGUGUCGCUUGUUUUCAGGACACCAAGUGCCUAUAUGUAGUUUUUUUCCAAUAUUAAUAAAUAUGGGUAUAAGCUUUUAGUUAUAAAAUAAGUAAGUCAUGUGAUAUAAUUGGAUGCGAUACAACAUAGUGACUUCAGUUAAUAAUACUGUAGUGUGUAUUUCAAAGUUGCUAAAAGAGUAGAUCAUAGAAGUCCUCAUCACAAGAAAAUAAAGUAUUACUAUAAAAGGUGAUGGAUGUUAACUAGACCCAUGUGGUGAUCAUUUUGGAGUAUACACAAAUACUGAAUUUUUAUGUUGUACACCUGAAACUAAUAUAAUGUCGUGUGUCAAUUAUACCUCAGUAAGAAAACAAAUAUAUAAAAAUGUUAUGUGUCAAAACAUACCUUUAUAAGAAAACAAAUACAUAAAAAUACAAUGAGGCAAUAAGAAAACUAUUAAAAAUCAUAAAAAUAUUAACAGUAGGAUGAUGGUUAAUUUUAAUUUUCUUCCUCACCCUUCUUUUUAUUUUUGAUACUUUUCUAAAUUUCAACAGUAAGAAGGUUUGGUUUUGCUGUUUGUUUUUAUGAUUAAAAGCAACAUCAGAUACUAUUUUGUAGAGUUUGAAAGGGUGAGUCCUCCACCUGGGCUGGAGAGGGUGCUGAGCUCCAACCAGAGACAGGGUUUUGGGAAAACACAAUUUUAAGAAUUGUCUAUGGAGACAAGGUGACCACAUAGGUGGAGAUUCGUAAUUUACAGUGCAGGUAUUUACAAGGCACUGGCCCUGCAGGGAGCCGGUCUCUGACUUUAAAAGGGCAUAACUGGAGGAAGCUGUCAUCUCUAUCAUUAAUACUCCAAGAAGUGUCCCUCGCUGUUCUCAGAGGAGUGUGGUGGGGUGGGAAGGGGCCCGACGAGGGGGCUGUAGCAAUGCUGAGGGGAUUCUGACAUGGACUCAAGCCUGAGAACCACAGGUAGGGAGACCCAGUGCCCUGCUCCGGCAUUUUGGAAUGGGUAAGUGACUCCUUGGCAGGGCAAGUCCUGAGCUGGAUCAGAAGGAAGGCUGGUGUCUCUGAAGUUCCUUUUGGAGCUGUGCUUCUAGGCACAGCCCCUGGAUGUAGGUUCUGUCUCUGCUUCUGCCAGAUUUAAUCUCUGAUCCUCAGUUGUUUCAUCUACAAAAGAUAGAUUCCUCCUGUGGGUGGUUGGGGGUGCUGAACGGAAGUAGUACGCAAAAUGGAAGCUGUUGUUAAUAACAACAAUAAGUAAUGAAUACACAGAGACUUCCAGAAGAAAUUAUACCAACAAUAAUAUUAACCAGCAUUUAUUUGUACUUGUGUAGUAUAUGCCUGGCUCUGUGAUAAGCCAUUUUGCCUCACAAAAAUUCAGGUACUACUGAACUCAUCUUGUAGAGGAGAAGCAACACAGAACAGUGUUUAUGUAUGUAGACUUGCCAUGUGGACUGCCUGCGUUCAAAUACCCAAACCUGCCAUUCACUAACUGGGUGACUUUGGACAAACACCCUCUUGGUGACUCAAUUUUCUCAUUUGCAAAAUAGGAACUAAUAAUAUUAUUUUCUUUUUAGGGUUGUUAUUAAAUGACUUAUUACGUAAGGUUCCUAGAAUAGUAGCUGACACGUGGUAAGUACUCUAUCAACAUUAUGAAAAACUGAGCCUCUAAGAGGUCAUUGGUCAGGGUCAUCCUAUAUGGAGCUAGGAAUCAAGCCCCGGACUAUGUGAUUCCAGAGCUUGGCCUGUCAACCACAGUACUCAAACAGACUCAGCUGCAGAGCUGAGGGCCCCAGACACCCAAAGGCCCAGGGGUCAGGUGGGGAACAGCAUUGCACCCCUGGAGCCCAAUGGUGCCCUAGUGUAAGUCAGGGGUCAGAGAGGGGAGCAGCUGGAACAAGCACCAACAUCUCUCACUUCCAGCCAGGGAGCUCUGGUGCAUCCCCUGCUCCCUUCCUCCCCCACGUCAUUUGAGCACAUUCCCUCCAAGGGGAGGUGGCACACUGUUCCCCAGAGUUUCUCCCUUCUGAGACCAGGGAAGCCUCAGGAGUCCCCUGAGUGUUCUAAGAAUGUCUCAGUGGUGAUGUUGUACUACAGUUUGGUAAGAUAUUAUCAGUAGGGGAAAUUAGGCAAAGGGAACAUGGGGGUCUCUCUGUAUUAUUUCUUACAACUGUGUGGGAAUUUGCAGUUAUCUAAAAAGAUUAAGUUUAAUUUUAAAAAAAAGAAGAAAAAAUAUCCCACCGUGAGUCUCACUUGAAGGGGCUCCUUUGCAUCUGGUUUCUAUGCACCUGCAUUUGGGCUUAAAAUACCCAAAAACUCAGAAUACCCAACGAGCCUCUGAAGGUGGAAAGGCCAUGUCUCU